AUGGAGGAGGAGAACGAAACUAGCAAAACGACAAACAGCUCGGGCGGCAGUACAGGGCUGGCGUGGGCGGAGGAUCGGCGGAGGGUGGUCGCGGCGGCGGUGGAUUGUCUGGGGUAUGUGAUUGCAGCGAGGGUAGCGGGUUGCGGCGACCCCAAGAACGCGUGGACACCUGACGUGUCGGCGGGUUUUAAGGCGGUGUUGGAUCACUCUGUAGCGAGUCAGCCUAAGGUGCGCAGUGUGGCGCAAUCCGCGCUGCUGAAGCUUCUCAGCACCUUCCGCGCCUCUCCCGCCGCCCUCUCCGCCGCCUCCACAGCACUCGUCGAUUUCGCCGACUCCCUCAUCGUCCGAGCGCUCGCCCCUUCCAAGCAGCUCGAACAGCCACACAACCUAGCGAGCGGGCACGAGGAGGUGGCAUUCGCCACGGCGGAUUGCCUCAAGGCUUUAAUCUCCACGUGCCUUGACGACUCUGCUGUCGCCGCCUCUGCUGCUAUUGUGCUGCAGCGCCACGCGCAGGAGGCCGCAGGGGCGGAAGCAGGGGGAGCAGGGGGGGCAGGGGGAGGGGGCGGGAGGGGGAAGGCGCCAGUGGAGCGGGUGUGUGUGGCAGUGGAGCGGGCGCUAGGGUACCAGUUCCGUGCGUCGUGGGACCUCUCUCUGCUGCUCGUUGCCACUCUCUUUGACCGCAUCGGUCCGUCCUCGCACCUGUUCCUCGCGCCAACCCUCGCCACUCUUGCCGACCUGCACGACCUACCAGACGCAGAGAUGGCUCACCGCAAGCACCUGCACGCUGCCCUCGGUGCUGCUGUUGCCGCUAUGGGCCCCAGCCGCUUCCUCUCCAUCCUGCCCCUCGGCCUCGACCCCGAACCUGCUCCCGCACCUGCUGCAGCAGCAGGAGCUGGAGGAGUGGGAGGAGUGGGAGGAGGAGCAGCAGCGGCGGCGGCGGCCGCGGCGGCCAAUCCCGCGGCGCCACGUGUGUGGCUGCUGCCAAUCCUGCGCCGCCACACAGCGGGCGAGUCGCUCUCCUUCUUCCUCACCACGCUCCUCCCCCUCUCCCACCGCCUCCUCCUCGCUGCCCAGCAGGCCCGCUCCCCCCAGGUCGACCGGCCAAUCGCGGCCAAGCAGCUGGCGGCGCUGCGGGCCGCGGUGUGGUCGCUGCUGCCAGCUGUCGCCAGCCUGUCACCCGACACUGCGCAGGUGUUUCCGCACUUGGCAAAGCACCUGGCAGAAGCAGUGGCAGCAGGAGGGAAGGGGGACGAGGGCGACGGAGUUCGGUCUGCAGUGUGUGUCACCCUGCAGCUUAUGGUGGAUCAGAACCGCAUAGCCAUGGGUCGCGCGCCCCUCUCCAAGCGCCUCACCGCCUUUGAUGGCCUCUCAGGCGCGCCCACUUCUGCCCUUGCUGCCGCCAUCACCCACGCUUCUGCUGCUGCUGAUGCUGAUGCUGGUGGCGGUUCACUCACCGCACCAGCAGAAGCAGGAGCAGAAGCGGAAGCAGCGUUCCGAGCAGCACUAGAGGACGACGACGACACCACCGACGCCGAGCGCCGCGCGUGGCGCCGCCUCACCGCUGACGUGGCGGCCGCCAACCUGGCGGCCAUGUCAGCGUCAGCGCGGCCCUUCCUCCCAAUGCUGUUUGACGCGUUCGUGGCGGCCCCAUCAGCCAAGAGGGGCGAGCUGCAGAGCGCCAUCGGUGCCCUCGCUGCUGUGGCUGACCCGGCGGUGCUACGGCUGUUCUUCACGAAUAUCAUGAGCAAGCUGCUCUCUGCUACCAACGCUGCUGCUGCUGCCUCUGGUGGUGCUGCUGGUGCUGGCACUGGUGUGGCAACAGCAGCAGGAGGAGGGGAUGCGAGCAAGGAAGCUGGAGAGAAGAGGGCCAUGCUCAUGGAUCUCUCGCUCUCGCUGCUGCCUGGCUUGGACGUGGAGUGCUGCCGUGCGCUCUACAACGCAACGAGGCCCGCCAUCCACGACAAGUCAGCUGCCGUGCAGAAGAAGGCGUACAAGCUGCUCGCAUCGCUGCUUGAGACCCACCCAGAGCUGCUGAGCCAGCAAGCAGAGGGCGCAGUAGGAGGAGCAGCAGCAGGAGCAGCAGCAGGAGGGGCAACAGGAGAGGGCGUGUCAGCAAGGGCAGUGUUGGAGGAGCUGGUGAAGGGAGUGGGUGGGGUGCACUCGCCGUGCCGCCACUACCGCAUCAAGAGCCUGUCAGCCGUGCUGCUGCAUCUGGCCAGGACAGAUGUCUCGGCGUUUUAUGACGCAGUUGCUGCCACGCUCACUGAGAUUGUGCUGUCCGUGAAAGAGGUGAACCGCAAGGCACGGGACGCAGCAUACCAGCUCAUCAUAGCACUGGCCCAGGAGAUGCAGCGACUGGCAGACGAGCAGCAUGAGAGGCGCUUCUUGGCGGGCGGUGGGGUGAUGUACGGCGGCUUCAGUGGCGAUCAGUCCAUGGACGGCGCUGCUUCUGCUGAUGAUGAUGCCGAUUCUCCCUUCAUGAAGUUCUUCACCGCGGUCAUGGCAGGGUUGGCCAGCGCCACCCCGCAUGGGCAGAGUGCAGCCGUCAUGGCCCUGGCGCGCCUCAUCUUCCACUUCUCCUCCUCGCUCCUCCACCUCGUGCCCUCGCUGCUCCCGUCGCUGCUCCUCCUCUUCCGCUCGCCGCACCGCGACGUGCUCAAGGCGUGUCUGGGCCUGGUGAAGGUGCUAUCUGUGCGCCUGGAAGCUGCUGACCUGGAGGCGCAUCUGCCAGCCAUCAUGACUGCGCUGCUCUCCACCAAUGAGAUUGUCGCAACCAGGUUCAAGGCUAAGGUGCGCAAGAUAGUGCAGCGGCUGGUGAGGCGGUGCGGCCAUGCCACGGUGGCAGCAGUGGUGCCGGAGGAGCACCAGCGCCUGCUCACUCACAUCCGCAAGGAGGUGGCGCGAGCAGCCAAGGCCAAGGAGAAGAAGCGCGGAGCAGCAGGGGCGAAGGGCUCGCAGGCAGGAGACGGGGAGGAGGGCGGUGAUGGGCGGUCGACCCUGUCUGGCAGGAGCAGGGCCCGAACGAGUGACUGGAGCCACUCCAACCUGUUUUCAGACACGUCAGCGGACGGCGAUUUCAGCGAUGACGAGGAUUACAGCGAUGCUGACGAGGACGAGCGCAGUGUGUUCGGCGGCAAAUCACGCGCCGCCAAGUCAGCUUCCCGCCAAGACGGGUCGAAGAAGUCUGCGUGGUCGAAUGCGCUCUCAUCCAGGGCGGGCAAGAAGGCGCAGCAGCACGGCAGGCCGCAGCUGCACGAGCGGAUAACGGAGACAGGUGGCGACACGCCAUUGGACCUGCUUGAUCUCGCAGGCACGCGCCGGGCCCUCUCUGCCCCGCUGCUCAAAUCCUCUGGUGCAGCCGGUGGUGCUGCUGGUGGUUCAAAGCGGCGUCGUGAUGGUGGUGGAGAGGGGGAGGGGGAUGGGGAGGAUUCAGGCUUCGAGUAUACAGAGGAUGGGAAAAUUGUUGUUCCGGACGAGAGCGAGGAGGGUGGAAGUGGCAAGGGGAGGAAAGGAGGAGGCAAGAAGGGUGUGGGCGCCGGGGAGGAUGACGGAGAGGGGAAUCUGGACUAUGGGGUUAUGGAGGAUGAUGACGUGGCGAUGGGCGAUGCCAGCCUGGCAUCUGCGAGGGCUGCUGAGCUGGCGUUUGGCCGGCGGGGGAUGAAUAUGCCGCAGGCAGCGGGCGACGUGCGGGUGGCGAUGUGA